UAUCUAUCAAGCUCUUGAGGUUAUUAUCCAAACAGAGAACAACAAGAACACGCUAUCCUUCCAAAGAUUAUUCCAGAAAAUCUUGUGCCACCGCCAUAUCAAACUUAAAUGAGAGAAAGUUAAGCCAGGGGUGAGAGAGAUGUAUUUAUUUAUAUAUAUUAAAAAUUAUAACAAUUGAAAGGAACCGAAGGGCCAGUUUGGUUCAUUGCACCACCGAUAGUGAACGAGUUGUGAGAUGACUGGGAGUUGUGAGAUGACUGGGAAUUGGGAAUGAUUCAGGACUUGUGAAAUCAGGCGUUUUCUUUGGAAAUUUUCAAAUUUGAUCAAAAUCAUAGAAGUAAACCUGGGGAGUGAAGAAGGCUCCAGAUUAGGGCCGUGUUUGUCUUGCGCCGAUUGGUUGCUUCGUUUUUGCCAUUUAAUUUUCCGUCAUAAAAUGGAAUCGCCUACCGACUCUUCGCCGAUUAGGCCCCGUGAUCGAGUCGUACGGAGGCUAGCUGCUUUAGGGAUUCCAAUGGAGUACCUCGACAGGCAUUAUGAGGGGAUAGUUGAUUUUGUUAUGGAUAAUCGAUUAUUGUUGCCUGAGGUAGUUUUGGCAAUCUUACCUACGAAUGGGGAAGUGGCAGAAUCUUUUCAAGAUGCUAGGUCAAGUUCUAAGUCAUUGAUGUCUCUAACUAUGAAAAAUCGGUUUCGUGAGAGUAUGGUUGGGUUGCAGUGGCUGAUGUUUCAGGGUGAGCCGAUGAAUGCUUUGAAAAACCUGGCACAAUUGAGUAUCAGUCAACGUGGUGUUUGUGGUGCGGUUUGGGGAUUAAAUGAUGUUGCAUAUACAUGCCGGACGUGUGAGCAUGAUCCGACUUGUGCUAUUUGUGUUACUUGUUUCCAGAAUGGGAAUCAUAAGGAUCAUGAUUAUUCCAUUAUUUAUACAGGUGGUGGUUGCUGUGAUUGUGGGGAUGAAACGGCAUGGAAACGUGAGGGGUUUUGCUCGAAGCAUAAGGGUUCUGAACAGAUUCAACCACUUCCUGAGAACUAUGCAAAUUCUGUUGGGCCAGUGCUUGAUGCACUCUUUAUUUGUUGGAAAAACAAGCUGUUCGCAGCAGAAGGUUUCUUUCAAGAAAAUAUGAGAGCAAGUGAUCGUGGUGCUGGGCAGAGGAAGGUUGCAAAUGAGCUAACACAUGUGGUUGUUGAGAUGCUCUUAGAAUUUUGCAAGUAUAGUGAGAGUUUGCUCAGUUUUGUGUCUAGGAGGGUGAUUUCUUUAGGUGGUUUAUUGGAUAUUCUGGUUAGAGCAGAGAGGUUCUUAGGCGAUGGUGUUACGAAGAAACUCCAUGAAAUGCUGCUGAGAUUGCUGGCAGAGCCUAUCUUCAAAAAUGAAUUUUCUAAAGUAUUUUCAAGUUAUUACCCUACCGUUAUAAAUGAAGCCAUAAAAGAGGGAAGUGACAACAUUCUCAACAAUAAAUAUCCACUAAUCUCAACUUUCUCUGUCCAAAUCUUCACAGUGCCAACCCUAACUCCUCGUCUUGUGAAGGAGAUGAACCUAUUGGACAUGCUACUGAAAUGCUUGGGAGACAUUUUUCUUUCUUGUGCUCGGGAGGAUGGCCGUUUGCAGGCUGUUAAGUGGGGAAGUUUGUUUGACACCACUGACCGUGUGAUUGGAGAUAUUCAGUUUGUUAUGAGCCAUGAUGUAGUCUCCAAAUAUGCAACCCAUGAGCAGCAGGACAUCUCAAGAAGGUGGCUAAAGCUUUUGGCUUUUGUGCAAGGAAUGAACCCUAUAAAGAGGGAAACUGGCCUACAUAUUGAAGAAGAAAAUGAGUCUAUGCAUUUGCUUUUUGUUUUAGACCGUUCUAUUGCCAAUCUUCACUCCCUUUUGGUAGAUGGGGCAUUUUCUGUUGCCUCAAGUGAAGGGGCAAAUAUUUUUUCUUAUACUUAUAAGCAAGAUGUGGAUGAUGGAGAUAGCAUGAGGCAUGCAAAAGUAGGAAGGCUAUCCCAAGAGAGUUCUGUUUGUAGUGUAACAGAAAGGAGUGUGUCAAAGGUUACCGAAGUUGGAUAUGAUUCCGUAUAUUAUCUUUUAAUUCCUUCCUCUGUCAUCUGGUUGAUACAGGAGUGCUUAAGGGCUAUGGAGACUUGGUUUGAAGUUGAUGACGGUACCUCUGCAGUUCUUCAGAGUAUAUCUUCUCCAAAUAAUAGUGGCAUUUCUAAUAGAAAAUUUUUAGCUAUAAAGAAAACAUUAUAUAAAAUUAGGAAUGGCAAAUAUUUUGAUAAACUAACUGGUUCAAGUGAAAAUCAGAGCUCACAAUCUUCUUCACCUGUAUAUAGUGGCCAUCAAGCAAGUGAUGACAUGGAGAUUGUCAAAAAUAUAGGCUCAGACGGUAAAAGCUCUUCAGCUGAAAUUGAUCCAGUUGCAUGCUGUUGUAUGGGUUUGGAUGUCAGUGCCAUGGAGACAGACAGUGGCCCAGGACUAGCUACUCUACGUGUUUUGAGUUUUUAUGAAUGGCCUGAUAUUAUUUAUGAUGUUAGUUCGCAAGAGAUAUCUGUUCACAUUCCAUUACAUCGAUUACUUUCCUUGCUUCUGCAGAAGGCAUUAAGAAUGUGUUAUGAUGAAUCUGUAAUGGCAAAUAUAACAAAUGCUUGUUCGGCAAGUUCAUUACCAGCAAUUUAUGCAGAUUUCUUUGGCCAUGUCCUUAGGGGCUGCCAUCCUUUUGGGUUCUCUGCCUCUGUUAUGGAGCAUCCCUUACGGAUUAGGGUAUUUUGUGCUCAAGUUAUUGCUGGGAUGUGGAGGAAGAAUGGGGAUGCUGCCAUCGUAUCUUGUGAGUGGUAUCGCUCUAUCCGCUGGUCUGAACAAGUUUUGGAGCUUGAUUUAUUUUUGCUGCAGUGCUGUGCUGCACUAGCUCCUCCUGAUCUCUAUGUCAAGAGAAUUCUAGAGCGCUUUGGUCUAUUAGACUACCUUUCUCUAAGUCUUGAAAGAUCAAAUGAGUACGAGCCAGUUCUCGUUCAGGAAAUGCUCACUUUAAUCAUGCAAAUUUUACAAGAAAGGCGAUUCUGUGGACGCAAUACAGCUGACAGUCUGAAAAGAGAGUUGAUUUAUAAGUUAGCGAUUGGGGAUGCCACUCAUAGUGAACUAGUGAAAUCUUUACCUCGCGAGCUUUCUAAGCUUGACCAGCUUCAAGAAAUUUUAGAUAGGGUUGCUGUAUACUCUAGUCCAUCGGGCUUUAAUCAGGGAAUGUAUUCAUUGCGAUGGGCGUAUUGGAAGGAGCUGGAUUUGUACCACCCUCGUUGGAACUCGAGGGAUUUGCAAGUUGCAGAAGAAAGAUACUUGCGUUUCUGUGGUGUCUCUGCAAUGACUACUCAGCUGCCUAGGUGGACAAAAAUAUAUUCUCCUCUCGAGGGAAUCGCUAGAAUCGCUACAUGCCAAGUGACACUUCAGAUUAUUCAUGCAGUGUUAUUUUAUGCUGUUUUCACCAAUAAAUUUACUGAAUCACGGGCUCCUGAUGGUACCCUUAUGACAGCAUUGCACUUACUUUCAUUAGCAUUAGACAUUUAUUUGCAGCAGAAUGGAUCUAGUGGUGUGGAACAUCAUAUUGGAGACUCAAAUUAUUUGCUAACUUUUGCUGGUGAAGAAAUUACUGAAUCAUUAAACCAUGCUGCUGGCAAACAGAGUUUGUUAUCACUUCUUGUUGCAUUAAUGAGAAUGCAUUGGCAAGAGAACCACAACAGCUAUAUGGGAUCCAGCAACUGCAGUUUUUCUCCUCUGAUUGAAAGUUUAUUGAAGAAGUUUGCUGAAGUUGAUUCCCAGUGCAUGACCAAACUGCAACAACUUGCACCUGAAGUGGUCAGCCAUCUGCCAAAAUCUACUCCUAAUAGUGAUAGGAGUGCAUCUGGUUCAGCUUCUGAUAGUGAGAUGAGCAAGGCAAAAGCUCGCGAAAGACAAGCUGCCAUAUUGGCUAAAAUGAAAGCAGAGCAAUCCAAAUUUUUGUCAAGCAUCACUUCCAUUGCUGAUGACGAUUUGAAGUCCGAAGCAGAAAUGUCUAAUUCUGACACUGAACAUAAAGCAGAAGGCGCUAUGCAACAGAGUUGCUCUCUUUGCCAUGAUCCUACUUCCAAAAAUCCUGUUUCUUUCUUGAUUCUUCUCCAAAAAUCUAGGCUUUUGAGCUUCGUUGAUAGAGGUCCCUCAUCAUGGGAUCAAUGUUCAGACAAGGAGCAAGGUUCUAUUUCCACAAAUAGGGUGACCGAUCAGUCUGGAUCGAAUGCCUCUUCCAGCAGCUCAGGAUUGGCUUCUCAGAUGGUGCAGUUGACUGAUAAUCCAGUUGUUGAGUCUACCAAUAAUGGGCAAGGGCAGCGCAGUGAAGUAAAUGUCAUUCUUGAGUUUGUCAAGUCUCAGUUUCCUUCGGUGAGGAGCAUUCAAGCACCUUUCACAGCUAGUGAUGUGAGGGACAGUACUGUCUAUAAUUUGGAGACACUGGAAGAAGAUAUGUACAUAUGUAUUCAUAAAGAAAUGUGUGAUACUUUGUUAAGCUCAAGCUCUAAAAAGGAUGAUGUAUCCUCUGCUACUGAAAGUUCUCCAGAAAGCAGCAGGGAUGCUGGAAAAUAUGUUGUUGCACUUUCAAGUGAGACAAGUGAAAACUCUUUGGGUACUGAAAACACUGAUGGUGAUAGAGAGUUGACAGAAUCUGCCUCACAGCCUCUUGUUGAUGAUGGAUUUGGCCUGUUAGAUUAUGAUGGAUGUGGCCUGUUAGAUUAUGAUGGAAUUUAUCUUUCUUCCUGUGGGCAUGCUGUACAUCAGGAUUGUCUUGAGCGCUAUUUAUCAUCUCUGAAGGAAAGAAAUGUCCGAAGAAGUUUCUUUGAGGGGGCACAUAUUGUGGAUCCUGAUCAGGGAGAGUUUCUUUGUCCUGUGUGUCGUCGACUAGCAAAUUCUGUCUUGCCUGCAGUGAAUGGGACUUUCCAAAAGGCUGGAAGGCAGCCUAUGACUUCAACUGUUGAUCAUGUGCCUGCUUUAGGUCCUCCAUCUGUACCAAACAAAGAAAUCUGUUCCCUUCUGCUUCAGCAAGGUUUAUCUCUUCUAAAAACUGCUGCGAAGGUGGUUUGGAGGCCUGAUUUCUUUGAAGCUCUUUCUCUUCAAAGAAAAGAAAGAACAAGUUGGGAUCUGGAACCUAUAUCUCGUGUGCUGUCUAAAAUGUAUUUUUCAAAAAAGCAGGAUAGGUUCUUAGGAUCUUCAAGGUUAAGCCACCCAAUAAUUUUAUGGGAUACUCUUAAUUAUUCUCUUAUGUCAACAGAAAUUGCUUCUCGCAGUGGAAAGACUUCUAUGGCCACAAAUUCUACUCUUACUUCUUUGUAUAAAGAAUUUAAACCUUCUAGUGAAUUUAUAUUUUCCUUAUUGCUAAGAGUUGUCCAGAACCUGAGCAGUACAAAUUCUCUUCAUGCUCUUCAAAGAUUUAGAGGUCUUCAACUGUUUGCAGAUUCUAUUUGCUCUGGGGUUUCCUUUGAUUACCACGGCACCAGACAUAAACAAGAAGACCAUCUCCUUCGAAUCUUUAAACAUGAUGAUAAGGAAGCAUUUUAUCCUGAUAUUCAAUUUUGGAAUCGUGCAUCUGAUCCUGUUCUUGCUCGUGACCCUUUCUCAUCAUUGAUGUGGCUUCUCUUCUGUCUUCCUUGCCCAUUUAUCUCAUGUGAGGAGUCCCUGUUAUCCCUUGUGCAUAUCUUCUAUGUUGUCUCUGUGGUUCAGGCUUUAAUUAUAUGUUGUCGGGGACAUGGUUAUAACAUCAAUGAGUUAGCUUCCCAUCAUAACCUAAUUACUGAUAUCUAUGGCAUUCUUGGAGGAUCUGAUUUAGCUAGCUGGUAUUUUGUAUCAAAUGAUGUCAAGCAUUCUUGUGAUAUUAAAGAUAUGAUUCGAAGAUUGAGUUUUCCUUACUUGCGGAGAUGUGCAUUGUUGUGGAAAUUGCUUAAGUCUUCCGUCCCAGCACCAUUCUUUGAUAGGGAUGAUGUGUGGGAGUCUUCUAAUGUGACAACUGAUAUGAUGGAUACAACUGAAAGUACUUCAGUGGAGCUCAAUGAAGUACAAGAACUAGAGAAGAUGUUUAAGAUUCCUCCUAUAGAUGUUGUUCUUGAGGAUGAAGUCUCACGAUCUUUUGCAUUAAAAUGGUUUCGUCACUUCCACAAGGUAUAUGAAGCCUGUAGUUUCCAAAAUGUUUUCUACUGCAAUCCUGCAAUUCCAUUUAAGUUGAUGAGCCUGCCUCAUGUUUAUCAAGACCUUUUGCAAAGGUAUAUAAAGCAGUGUUGCCCUGACUGCAAAGCUGGGCUUGAUGAGCCUGCAUUAUGCUUGUUGUGUGGUAGAUUAUGUUCACGAAGUUGGAAUCCAUGCUGCAGGGAGAGUGGAUGCACAGCUCAUGCAAUGACCUGUGGUGCUGGUAUUGGUGUAUUUCUGUUGAUAAGGAGAACAACAAUCUUGCUACAAAGAUGUGCACGUCAAGCCCCUUGGCCUUCUCCAUAUUUGGAUGCAUUUGGUGAAGAGGAUAUUGAAAUGCUAAGAGGAAAACCACUGUACCUGAAUGAGGAACGCUAUGCUGCUCUAACUUACAUGGUUGCUUCUCAUGGCCUUGAUCAGAGUUCAAAGGUUCUCGGCCAAACUACCAUUGGUACCUUCUUCAUGGUUUAGUUUGGUUUCAUGAUCAAGGUGGUGAUGCAUUUGAAUUGGACUAGAAAAUGAAUCUACAAAACUGAAGGUUGCCAGUAUCCAUAAAUUAUUGUGCAAACCUAGUCAGGGAUCUUGGAUUUUGAAGUUGGCAUAUGUGACCAUUAUGGCUGGACAUACAGGUAGUGAGACAGGUAUGGGUUAAGUUACUAGAAGCCAUCAAGGGUUGAUUUCAUGUCUCAACCAAUUUCUUUGCUUUUCUUUUUUGGUAUGGCGGAUUUUGCUAUUCUCUUCCGUGUUUCGUAUGCUAUGGAUUUACAGUUAGAUUGAAGAACCCGUUGCACAGAGCCUCAAGCCUUUGACCCACGCAUCUUCAGUUGAUCAGCUUGUGGCAUUCAGCUUGAUUUUUUCUGGACUUUUGUUUUUCUCAUUCUUUUCUUUCCUUUGUUCGCUAGGGUUGGGGUUUCAUGAGCGUCCAUUUUCAUCUCGGGAAAGUGGAGCAACUAUAUAUAGUCUUUAAUGUAAAGCGUUUAAAUCUCUCAUUUUUAUGGGCAUGUAAAUAGUUGGAACAUUUUCAACGGGCAGCAGCUCUUCCAUUAAUGUUUCUGGUUAAAUCGAUGGCUACAACUGAACCAUAACAGUUCACACGUAGUAUGACCCAUGGAGCUCAAUUUCUCUUGAUGUAAGGAAUUUUAGUUUCAAUUC